UUGAACGAAAAAUGGUUUCAGAAACUGAAUUGAGUAAAGGAAGAAAACCAUGCCAUGCAUCUCUCGACUGUUAUGCCUACAAAAGACAACAUCCUUAAGCAAGCUUACCUCGCUCGACUCGACGACCUAAAAAACCUACCACAAAACUUGGGCACUCCCAUGUCUAAUAACUGAAAAUUUGUCAGAAACCAGAAAACCCAUAUUUUAGCUAUGCCUUCAUCUCCAAAAUUCUUUCCUGCCAGACCUUCAUCGUCCAAAUCCAGGAGAUCAACGGUCCUGAUCCUGUGUCUUCUAGUAGGCCUGGCCGGAUUUUUCUUGGGUUUUCUUGUAGUUUCCAAGCAGGGAUUGGGAUAUAGCUGUAAAUACGCCAAGCCCAUUUCAGUUUCUGUUGUUUGGGAUAGAACAAAUAGCGGUAAUAGUUUCAGCAGCAGUAGUGAUGGUGAUAAUGGAGCUAACGGGAAUUCAGUGCGAGGGCAAAAGAGGUAUAAAGUCACGGGCUUUGUGGGAAUUCAAACCGGGUUUGGAUCCGCUGGUCGUCGCCGGGCUUUGCGCCAGACUUGGUUUCCCUCUGAUCCUCAAGGUCUUCAACGGUUGGAGGAAGCUACUGGCUUGGUAUUUAGAUUUGUUAUUGGUAGGACUAGUGAUAAAUCAAAGAUGUCAGAGCUUAGGAGGGAGGUAGCCGAAUAUGACGAUUUCAUGCUAUUGGAUAUUGAAGAGGAGUAUAGUAAGCUCCCAUACAAAACGCUAGCUUUCUUCAAAGCUGCUUAUGCUCUUUAUGAUGCUGACUUUUAUGUUAAGGCAGAUGAUGACAUAUAUCUGAGACCAGAUCGUCUCUCUCUUCUCUUGGUUAAAGAGCGUUCUCAUUCUCAAACAUAUCUUGGAUGCAUGAAGAAAGGCCCAGUUUUUACUGAUCCCAAGCUCAAAUGGUACGAGCCUCUAGGACAUCUGCUUGGAAAGGAAUACUUUCUCCAUGCUUAUGGUCCACUUUAUGCUCUAUCUGCAGAUGUUGUUGCCAGUUUGGUUGCUCUGAGAAACAACAGUUUUCGGAUGUUCAGCAAUGAGGAUGUUACAAUUGGUGCUUGGAUGCUCGCAAUGAAUGUCAACCAUGAGAACAAUAAGCUACUAUGUCAACCAGAGUGUACUUCCUCAUCCAUAGCCGUGUGGGAUAUUCCCAAGUGUUCCGGACUCUGUGAGCCCGAGAAGAAGUUAUUGGAACUCCAUGCAGAGGAAAUUUGUUCGAAGAGCCCUACUUUGUCAUCUGAUGAAGAUGAUUAGCACCUUUGCACUGUUCAGAUUCGUUAGACUGCUGAAAGUCUGAGCAAAGGAAUCCAUUUUUGCGAUCUUCUUACAAAAUUUUGACAGCAACGAGCAGUUUUUUACAUAAAUCAUAGCAUAUGAACAGCAUUCAUUAACCAAUUGGUCACCAUGUUGUUAAUGUAGAAAUUUCAUUCCUUGAUUGCUUCCCAUGUAAUACAUACACGCAUUCUCUGUACCAUAUGUGACCAUUUAGAAGAUCAUGAUUGUACUCAUUUCUUAGCAGGCACAACUUCAGCUGACUGUCUAUACAAGUGGAGUUAGAGAA